AUGAAGAAGGCGGAGGAGUACUCAGCAGAUGCAGCAGCAGCGAUGGGCGGAGACGCCGCCUCGUAUACGUACUGCUACGAUGUGUUCCUGAGUUUCAGAAGGAUCUACACUGGCUAUUCUCCCGGCGAAUUCUUGCACCGGAGCUUGGUUGAUGCCGGGAUCCGCGUCUUCGGAGACGACGAUGAAUCUCGAAACGGUGAAGAAAUUGGCAAGGAGAUUCUGAGAGCGAUCGACGGGGCCAAGAUCUGCAUACCCAUCUUCUCCCAAUACUACGCUUGCAGCCCGUGCUGUCUCCGGGACCUUGCGGCAAUGGUGGAAAGCAAGGCCAAAUCGGGUGGUGGGAAAACGAUCAUCCCCAUAUUCUGCGACGUGGAACCUCGUGAUGUUAGGCUUGAAACCCCUCUGUACCGCGAUGACCUAAUGAUGCGCAAGCUCGAAAAUAUAUAUGGGUCCGAGGAAGUAAAAGCGUGGGAAGAUGCUCUUACAGAGGUCGGUUCAUUACCUGGAUGGGAAACGCGAUCUGGCAGGUAA